CUCUUUGAUCGGCUUUCUUGCUUCUUCUUCUUUUUAUAUUUUUAUUGUUAUUGUUUCUUGUAUUUCACUUGCUAUUGUUUCUGCUUCUUCUCUUAUCCUUCUUAUAUCCUCCUAUUUCUCUUCUUCCUGCUCUUCUCUUCCUCUUCUCCUCCCUACCUCCUCUCCUCUCUUCUCCCCACUCCCCUCCUACACCAUGAGCUCCUCGCUUUACUCCACCCACAACGCCUUCCUCAACCCGGGGCCUGCUCCUGCUCCUCCUCUCUCUCGCCCUCCUCUGGCUUCAAAGACCUCCGCCACAAACAUCCAGCAAGUCACGCCCAUCGUCACCCGUCUCUUCCAAAAUGAUCUGCCUCCUGGCUUCAGUGGACUCAAAGGCUCUAUCGUCAAGCAGGGCUGGCUUUCCGUCAAAGAAGACGGCCUUCGCUCCUUCAUGUGGACAAAAAAAUACGUUAUCUUGCGUUCCGCCUCCCUCGAUCUUCACAAAAACGAGUCUAGCUCCCCCACCUCCUCCGUCCCCCUCUCCUCCAUCACAACCGUCGGCCGCAUAGACAUCAAGCCCUACUGCUUCGAGGUCGUCCGCACUUCCGGCUCUAAAUCAAUGUUCUUUGCCUGCAAAUCUGACGUCGACCUCUACUCCUGGAUGGAUGAAAUCUACAGCCGCUGUCCUCUCAUGGGCGUAUCCAGCCCCACAAACUUCACUCACAAAGUCCACGUCGGCUUCGAUCCCAGCUCCGGCGGCUUCACCGGCCUCCCAGAGACCUGGGCAAAGCUCCUCAACGCAUCCGCCAUCACGCAGGAAGACUAUGUCAAGAACCCGCAGGCCGUCAUCGAGGCCCUCGAGUUCUACUCUGACAACCUCAAGCAGUCUGACGAGUACAACCUCAGUUCCCCUUCCUCCACCGGUAGCAGCCCCACUUCUUCUCCCUCCUAUCUUCCCAGAUCGCAGCAGCAACAGCAGCAGCAACAACAAUCUCCAUACGCUUUGAGCCAUGUGCAAUUUGCCACAGGUCGCAUCGCUCCCGUACCCCCCUCACAGUCAUACGCCGGCUCCAGCUCCGUACCCACGACUCCCACCAGCGCUGCUCUACCCACAAGCAAUGGCAAGUCCUCUGCUGCCGCUGUUUCGGCGGCCGUGGCUGCACCUCCUAUGAUGCGAAGCAAAACCGCAAAUCCCUCGAUGCCUUCCCCUAUCGUCUCCAACCCUGUCCGCCCCGCUCCUCCUCCCCCCGGAUCAAGAGCAAAGGCCACUGCGAUCCAGCCGCAGGCGCCUCCCGAUCAGCAGCCGCCCAUCACCUUUAAUGCUGCGCGCGCUGCACCCGCUGCUCCUCGCACUCGCGAGAACCGCACUCCCUCACCAACUGAGAAGGUUGCCCUCUCGUCGGCGCAGAGACAGCUGCAGCAGCAGCAGCAGGUCAGAGAGCAGGAAGAACGUUACCAUGCACAUGUCGCAAAGCUCAAGCAGCAGGCACAGCAGCGGCAGCAACUGCACAAGCAGCACGAGCAGCAGCAGCAGCAUCGCCAGCAGCUGAUCGAGCAGCAGCAACAGCAACAACAGCACGAGUUGUCUAUGCAACGCCAGGCGGCGCAGGAGAAUAGCAGGACUAAGCCUUCAGCAGCAAUCGCAAGUCCCAUCACUGCUGCUCCCAAGACCACCAAUCCGGCUCUUACAGCGGCACGACAGGCUGCUCAACACCAGCAGCGACAGCAUCAGCAUCAACACCAGCAGCAACCACAGCAGCAAUUGACUCCAGUAGCGCAAGACAAAGAGCGGAGGGUCUCGACCAUGAACGAGAACGAGAUCAUGAAGAAGCUUCGGUCGGUUGUUUCCUACGGCGAUCCUGCGCAGCUGUACGAGAAGAAGCACAAGGUUGGUCAAGGAGCCAGUGGCUCGGUCUACGUUGCCUCUCCGCGGGCCGGCAGUGGAAUCAUCAGCGCCAAGUUCUCAAAGGUUGCAAUCAAGCAAAUGAACCUCGAGAAUCAGCCCCGGAAAGAGCUGAUCGUGACUGAGAUCCUGGUGAUGAAGGAGUCUCAGCAUCCCAACAUUGUCAACUUCCUUGACGCGUACCUCCGCGAGCCGGCGGAUUUGUGGGUUGUCAUGGAGUACAUGGAGGGCGGAGCACUGACCGACAUAAUUGACAACAACACCCUCAAUGAAGCCCAAAUCGCGACGAUCUGUUUUGAGACGUGCAAGGGUCUUCAGCACCUACACCACAAAAACAUCAUUCACCGUGACAUCAAGAGCGACAACGUGCUGCUUGAUACCCAGGGCCAUGUCAAGAUCACCGACUUUGGUUUCUGUGCCAAGCUCACGGACCAGAAAAACAAGCGGGCAACCAUGGUCGGCACUCCGUACUGGAUGGCGCCCGAGGUCGUCAAGCAAAAGGAAUACGGCGCAAAGGUAGAUAUCUGGUCGCUGGGUAUCAUGACGAUCGAGAUGAUUGAGUCCGAGCCUCCAUACCUGAACGAGGAGCCUCUCAAGGCUCUUUACCUGAUUGCCACCAACGGCACCCCGACGCUCAAGCGACCGGACAAGCUCAGCCGAGAGAUCAAAUCCUUCUUGAGCGUGUGCUUGUGCGUUGAUGUCUCAAGCCGAGCGUCGGCAGACGAGCUUCUGAAUCACGAAUUUAUGAAAAAGGGCUGCAGUCUGCAAAGCCUAGCAGUCUUGAUGCAAAACUCCCAGCAGCAGCAGCAGCAGCAACGUUAG